AUGCGCACGGGAUUCAUUGUAGUGGCCUUAAUGGCCCUGACGGCAACCACGGGUGUGAAGGAGGUCGCCGGUCAGAACAUCAUUCUGGACGCGAUCAUGCGCCGCAUUCUGGAGAACCUGCGCGAAAUGAUGCGCACCGGAAACCCGGAGACGGGCAUGCCCGUGUUGGCCCCAUACAACAACCCGGAUCUGUUCAUCAACGCCAGCUUCGGUGGAUUGCUUGACUUUGACGCACGUUUCACGCCAAUGAACAUCAUCGGAUUGGACACGUUCGUUGGCCGGCUGCAGGUUGAUCUUGCGUCGUUGCGAUUCCCAUUCGAGUUCCGUUUCGAUGAACUCAGCGCCCACGGCUUCUACGACGCUAACGGACGACUGUGGGGAUUGAUUCCGAUCUUCGGUAUCGGUGAUUUCUCCGUGCGUCCGCGCGAUAUCCUGGCAACCGGAUUUGCGACCAUCACCGACAAUGGUCAGGGUUUCUUGAUGCUGUCCGACUUCUCCAUCAGCCUGCAGAUCGGUUCGCUCGAGAGCAACAUCCAGGGCCUACUGCUGGGUGGGGAUUUGUCCGAUCUCCUGAAUGCCGUCAUCCAGGACAUCGUUCCGUCCGUGCUGCGUAACUUCCCCGAAGGCAUGACGAACUUGCUCAAUGCGCUGGUUGUUCCCAUUGCCAACCGAUUCCUAGCAACGCGCACGAUGGAGGACCUUAUGGGUUUGCUGUUCCCGUGA